GCCAGAGGUUCAGAGGUGCGGCCCCCCACGCCCCUUCGGGGUGCGGGGCGCGGCCUUGGCGUCCCGGGGACCCAGGAAUGUCCCCCCGCCAGCCGGCCCGGCGGCUGGGGGGAGGGCCCAGCCGGGAGUUUGGCAAACUCCUCCCAGCGUUGAGUCAUUCGCCUCUGGGAGGUUUAGGAAGCGGCUCCGGGUCGGUGGCCCCAGGACAGGGAAGAGCUGGCGCUAUGGGGAGCCGGACGCCACGGUCGCCACCGUCUCCUCUCCACGCGGUGCGGCUGCGCUGGGGGCCCCGGUGCCUACCGCCGCUGCUGCCGCUGCUGCUGCUCCUGUGGCCGCCACCACUCCAAGUUGGGGGCUUCAACCUGGAAGCGGAGGCCCCAGCGGUGCUCUCCGGGCCCCCCGGCUCCCUCUUCGGCUUCUCCGUGGAGUUUUACCGGCCAGGAAGAGACGGGGUCAGUGUGCUGGUGGGAGCACCCAAGGCUAACACGAGCCAGCCAGGUGUACUGCAGGGUGGUGCUGUCUAUGUGUGUCCCUGGGAUACCAGCCCUGCCCAGUGCACUACCAUUCAAUUUGACAGCAAAGGUUCCCGGAUCCUGGAGUCCUCACUGUCCAGUGCCAAGGGAGAGGAGCCUGUGGAAUACAAGUCCUUGCAGUGGUUCGGGGCAACGGUUCGAGCCCACGGCUCCUCCAUCUUGGCAUGCGCUCCACUGUACAGCUGGCGCACAGAAAAGGAUCCACAGAGUGACCCCGUGGGCACCUGCUACCUCUCUACAGACAACUUCACCCGGAUUCUGGAGUAUGCACCUUGCCGCUCAGAUUUCAGCAGCGCAGCAGGGCAGGGUUACUGUCAAGGGGGUUUCAGUGCUGAGUUCACCAAGACUGGCCAUGUGGUCCUGGGUGGACCAGGGAGCUACUUCUGGCAAGGCCAGAUCUUGUCCGCCACUCAAGAGCAGAUCUCAAAGUCCUAUUACCCAGAAUACCUCAUCAAUCCGGUACAGGGCCAGCUGCAGACCCGCCAGGCCAGCUCCAUAUAUGAUGACAGCUACUUGGGAUACUCUGUGGCUGUGGGUGAAUUCAGUGGUGAUGACACAGAAGACUUUGUUGCCGGUGUGCCCAAAGGGAACCUCACCUAUGGCUAUGUCACCAUCCUUAAUGGCUCAGACAUCCAGUCCCUCUACAAUGUCUCAGGAGAACAGAUGGCCUCCUACUUCGGCUAUGCUGUGGCUGCCACUGAUACCAAUGGAGAUGGGCUAGAUGACCUGCUGGUAGGGGCACCCUUGCUCAUGGAGCGGACAGCUGAUGGAAGACCUCAGGAGGUGGGCAGGGUUUAUAUCUACCUGCAGCACCCAGCUGGCAUAGAGCCCACACCCACCCUCACCCUCACUGGCCAAGAUGAAUUCGGCCGGUUUGGAAGCUCCUUGACACCCCUGGGGGACCUGGACCAAGAUGGCUACAAUGAUGUUGCCAUUGGGGCUCCAUUUGGUGGGGAAACCCAGCAGGGAGUCGUGUUUAUAUUCCCCGGAGGCCCAGGAGGCCCAGGAGGACUGCGCACUAAGCCUUCCCAGGUUUUGCAGCCCCUGUGGGCAGCUGGCCACACCCCAGACUUCUUUGGCUCCGCCCUUCGAGGAGGCCGAGAUCUGGACAGCAAUGGAUACCCUGAUCUAAUCGUUGGGUCCUUUGGUGUGGACAAGGCUCUGGUAUACAGGGGCCGGCCUAUCAUAUCCGCCAGUGCAUCUCUCACCAUCUUUCCCUCCAUGUUCAACCCAGAGGAGCGCAGCUGCAGCCUGGAAGGAAACCCUGUGUCCUGCAUCAACCUUAGCUUUUGCCUCAACGCCUCUGGAAAGCACGUCCCCAACUCUAUAGGUUUUGAGGUAGAACUCCAACUGGACUGGCAGAAGCAGAAGGGAGGAAUUCGGCGGGCGCUAUUCCUGGCCUCCAAGCAGGCCACCCUUACCCAGACCCUGAUUAUCCAGAAUGGGGCUCGGGAGGACUGCAGGGAGAUGAAGAUCUACCUCAGGAAUGAAUCAGAAUUCCGAGACAAACUCUCCCCGAUUCACAUCGCCCUUAACUUCUCCCUGGACCCCAGUGCCCCCAUGGACAGCCAUGGCCUCCAGCCAGUCCUCCACUACCAGAGCAAGAGUCGGAUAGAGGACAAGGCCCAAAUCUUGCUGGACUGCGGUGAGGACAAUAUCUGUGUGCCUGACCUGCAGCUGGAUGUGUAUGGGGAGAAGAAACAUGUGUACCUGGGUGACAAGAACUCACUGAACCUGACGUUCCAUGCCCAAAAUUUGGGUGAGGGUGGCGCCUAUGAGGCUGAGCUUCGAGUCACAGCCCCGCUGGAGGCUGAAUACUCAGGACUUGUCAGACACCCAGGGAACUUCUCCAGCCUGAGCUGUGACUACUUCGCUGUGAACCAGAGCCGACAGCUGGUGUGUGACCUGGGCAACCCCAUGAAGGCAGGCACCAGUAUCUGGGGUGGCCUUCGGUUCACUGUUCCUCAUCUUCGAGACACAAAGAAAACCAUCCAGUUUGACUUCCAGAUCUUCAGCAAGAACCUGAACAACUCACAAAGCAACAUGGUUUCCUUCCCACUCUCCGUGGAGGCUCAGGCCCAGGUCUCCCUCAAUGGUGUCUCCAAGCCUGAAGCUGUGCUCUUCCCAGUCACUGACUGGUAUCCCCAAGACCAACCUCAGAAGGAGGGAGACUUGGGCCCUGCUGUCCACCAUGUCUAUGAGCUCAUCAACCACGGCCCCAGCUCCAUUAGCCAGGGUGUGCUGGAACUCAGCUGUCCCCAGGCUCUGGAAGGCCAGCAGCUCCUCUAUGUGACCAGGGUAACAGGACUCAGCAACUGUACCUCCAACUACACCCCUAACUCACAGGGCCUGGAGCUGGAUCCAGAUAGUGUCCCGCACCACCUGCAGAAAAGAGAGGCUCCAGGCAGGGGCCCUACCUCCUCAGGGCCACAAGUCCUGAAAUGCCCUGAAGCCAAGUGUUUCAGGUUACGUUGUGAGUUUGGGCCACUGCACCGCCAAGAGAGCUGGAGUCUGCAGCUGCAUUUCCGAGUCUGGGCCAAGACCUUCCUGCAGCGGGAACACCAGCCAUUCAGCCUGCAGUGUGAGGCUGUAUAUGAAGCUCUGAAGAUGCCCUACCAGAUCCUGCCUCGGCAGCUGCCACAAAAGAAACUUCAGGUGGCCACAGCUGUGCAGUGGACCAAGGCAGAAGGCAGCAAUGGUGUCCCGUUGUGGAUCAUCAUCCUAGCCAUCCUUUUUGGCCUUUUGCUCUUAGGUCUGCUCAUCUACGUCCUCUACAAGCUUGGCUUCUUCAAACGCUCCCUCCCGUAUGGCACAGCCAUGGAGAAAGCUCAGCUCAAGCCUCCAGCCACCUCAGAUGCCUGAGUCCUCCUGAUCCCAGACUCCUGAUCCUGAAGAGCCAGUCCCUUACCUGCCAACAGGGAGGGACCAGGCACUUCCUGAAGGUGCUGAGGGCUGGGGAGAAGCUAUUUUCCCCAGCCCAGAGACAUACUUGAAGGGCCAGAGCUGGGGAACAAGAAGCUGGGGAUCCUUCCCCCCAUGCACUGUGAAGGACCCUCGUUUACACGUGCCCUCUCUUGGAUGGGGGCCUCUACACAUGCCCUCUCAUGGAUGGGGGCCUCUACACAUGCCCUCUCAUGGAUGGGGGCCUCAGGUCCAGGGACAGAAGCCCCAGCCUACCUUCAGCCUUUGCAUUUUGGAGACUUUUAUGAAGGCAACUUGGAGCCGUAAUUAGGGAAUCCAGUCAUGGUUCUGUGGGCCAGGCAUACCACCAGGACUUCCCGUCUGGUUUCAGACUGCAAAGAUGUAUCUUUGGCCUUCCCAGAGAUCCAAAGGAAGCCUGCAGCUAAGAGCCUGAGACUUGGGGAGUGAGACCUGGCAGCUCCAAUAGCCCCCAUCCUAGAGGGCCAGUAAAGAACACUAACCAUGGAUGGUGCUGCAGGACCAGCUCAGGACAAAUCCCAAACAAAGGUCGAAGCAGGCCCAGACCCAGGUCCAGAGGAGUCAGAAUGAGAACGGAGCCAGACCUAGUCUGGGGCCUGGGAUUCAUCUGGAGCCCAGUCUCAGAUUUUAAGAACAUAUACUCACAGACCCAGGAUGGCAUUUGGGUCAGCAGCAGACCUGAGACUGGGGCCUUCUUCAUUCCUGACUUAGGAGAAGUCAGGAAUUGCCCAGGUCCCUAACCAGGCCACAGUGGCAACAUAUCUGGAACCUCAGCUUGGCCAAACAGGCUCAUUCAUUCCCCAGAGAAUGGGGAGCCCCAGGCCUGCCGGACCUGGGUUCUGCCCACCAGCUGCACUGAUGCUGCCCUUCCCUCCCACCCACCCUUUCCCUCUGCUCCAGAACCUACCCCCAACUUAUUUAAACUCUGUUGCAAGUGCAAUAAACCCCACCCACUGCUCCCACUGACCAAAGUUGCAGUCUGUCCUUCCACCCUACUUUCCAGACCUAUCCUAGACCCAGAAAGCAGAGUAAAAAGGAAAUGUCUGUCUCCCAUGGGCCUAUUCCCACGAGGAGGAGCCAGAAGUGAGAUUCCUCCACCCAACAAACUUCUAGAUGAUUAAAAGACAGUGAAAGGGAGCUAGGUGUGGUAACGUGCUUACGAUCCCAGAAUUCUGGAGUUCAAGGUCGUCCUUAGCUACACACUGCAUAAUGAUUUCAAGGCCUGCCUGGGCUACCUGAGACCCAAGGGAGAGAGACUAGAAG